AUGGUGCCUAACAUUCACCCUGCAGUGCCUCUCCUGCCCAGAGUGGCGGAGAUACUGCUGCUGCUACUCAGCUGCCUGAUGCUCUCCUCUCAGGCUGACGGUAAGUACAGUCCUACAAUACAAUAUCUAUAAAAUCCUGCUUUUAAACUAUACUCUAAGACAGGUCAUGGCAGAAUACACUUGUGUGGCUUAGUUGGUAAGAAUAGCAGUAGGCCAGAUUUUAACCCAUUCUGCAGCGGUAUAUGUGCAGCUUAGACCACUUGACCACCCUCGGCCACCAGGGUCACGGCUUUCAUUCCCGCUGGGGUCACCUAUACUAUACAUGUAGCCUAUGCAGUCACUGUACUGUAAGGCAAAGCUGAAUGUUUCUUUUGAUUUUAUACCAAUUGACUUCGACCAAAUAGGCUACAAACUGUAGUUCACCGUAUCAUUUAUUCAGUAAUCUGCUUCUUCUUAACAGAAGUACACUAAUACAGUACAACGUUAAACUGUAUUACUGAAUAUUAAUUGCGCUCUAGCUUCCUUCCUUGUUUGUUUGGCUGCUUAAGGAGAAUUUACAUUUACAUUUACGUCAUUUAGCAGACGCUCUUAUCCAGAGCGACUUACAGGAGCAAUUAGGGUUAAGUGCCUUGCUUAAGGGCACAUCGACAGAUUUUUCACCUAGUCGGCUCGGGGAUUAGAACCAGCGACCUUUCGGUUACUGGCACAACGCUCUUACCCACUAAGCUACAGCUUAUGCUGUGCAAUUUGCUGCUUAAUUUAACUUUCUAUAAACUGCUCCAGUCCAUUUACAUUUGGUCUCCUUGGUGGAUUCCAGCUAGCAACAUUUAACAGCUGAUUUUUGAAUGCACUCAGUCGCUCGCUCUCCAAACUGUAGAAUUCCCAGGAGAGAGAGAGCCCUGCUGUCCAGCUUGAUAAAGGUCUGGGGCUGGAGAAGCGCUUUCCGAGAGAUGUGUCACUGUUGCUAGGCUUUUGGAUCCCUGGGGUGUGUGUAGCGUGGAGCGAUGUUCUGCAGAAGCGAGGGGGUCCGGGACCAAAUUAAUUCAGCACAUGACCUCAACUACAGCGCUGUCACAGGGUCACUGUAAUUCAAUUAGAUCACACAAACACACUCCUCUUUCGCUCACUUUUCAACCCUCCCUCUCACUCUUUAUGUGACCGGUACCUUUAGAUUUGAACAUGUCUCAAUGCAUUACUAACCUUGGGAUACUGCAUGCUGGUAGGAAUAUAGGAAGCGCAGAAUAGAUGUUUCCCAAGGCCCCCAUUUCCUCUACAAUAAUGUAGAGAUUAGUCAUUUAAGCUCUCUGACCCUUGUUUAUUUAACCAUAGUGGGUGAAUACAUUUGUAGAAAUACAGUGCUCAUGCAAUGUUUUUCAGUGGUGAACAAACCGGCAAACUCAGCCCUGCAAAAGUCAGAAAAUAAACAAAGAAAGACAGAUGACCCUUUGCUAAGCCCCUCUUGGUUACUGUUGCAACCUCGGACAACAUUUUCCCGGGAAGCCCAAUUCCCCACUCAAACACUGGCGAAAUCCCCUCACAAUGAUAUCAAACUGUGUUUCUAAUAGACAAUGGAAUUUAACACGGAGUACCCCUUGCUAAUCAGGAAACUCUUGGGUAUGUUGUGGUGGACUGUCAUUACAAUUGCUUCACGAGAACCUGGUAAAAUUAUGUCUGCAGUGUAGCUAGCCACUGAAUUGCUCUGAAUUCACUGUCAGCAUGCUCUCAAAGCUAUAACCACUUUUGGAGAUAACUAGUGCUCUCAAAUCAUAUCCUGAUGUCGACAGCAUAUGGGAUUUGUAUUCAUAACAUUGUUAACUUAACUAGCCAGUUGAGCUGACAGCUGCUUUGCACUGUUUCGCUAUGGUUUUAGUCAUCAAUCUAGCAGGAAGGCAAUAUAUUAUUAAUUUCUCUCACUUUUCAACACUCCCUCUCACUUUUGUGUAGCUCAGUUGGUAGAGCAUGGCGCUUGCAACGCCAGGGUUGUGGGUUCUUUUCCCACGGGGGGCCAGUAUUUAAAAAAUGUAUGCACUCACUAACUGUAAGUCGCUCUGGAUAAGAGCGUCUGCAAAAUGACUAAAAUGUAAAUGUAAUGUAGUAGUGUUUCCCCACCCCUAGAAAGCAAUGACCUUUGGCUUUCCCCUGGAAUUGUUAAUUUACAGUGGGGAAAAAAAGUACUGAUGAAAAUUACAGGCCUCUCAUCUUUUUAAGUGGGAGAACUUGCACAAUUGGUGGCUGACUAAAUACUUUUUUUCCCCACUGUAUGUCUGAGAAAAAAACACUUUUCAACACAUAUGAUCUAGUACACAAUAAAAGUAUAAUACAACAUAUAGAAAUAUGAUGAUAUGAUAAAAAUAAAUAAAAAAUGGUGAAUAAAUAAGCCUCUUCAUACUUUAUAAUAUGUUCAUAUAUACUUAUAAACUGUUUUAGGAACAUCUACACAAAAUAUUUCACCUUCUUUAAACAUAUCAUGACAUUAGUGAUAGUCAAAAUCAGUUACAUUUCUGAAUGUCUACAUCGACAUUUGGGCCAUUUAAACAGUGUGCGUCCCUCCUAUAGACAAGGGAAGAAGGGCUAUGUAAAGGGCUCAUUUUUGUAAUUCUGAGCAUAUGCAAUGUGUCUGCCUCUGACGUAAAACAAAUGAUUGACUUCCACACAAAAUUACUUCUUUACUUGUUUGAGGUUGAAGGAAGAGUGUCCCCUACUACAGCUGGUUCUCACUCAGCUCUCUAACUACCGUAAUCAUAUUAAUCGGCGCUGGAAGCUUUUAUCUUAUCAUGUUUUACACGCAACUCAGAGGUCCUCUCUAUACUGCACAAGUACUGUAUAUAUGUGAGCCUGUGAGCCUUGUCUCUCAAUAGGCCCAGGCAGACAGCCUACUAAAGCUGGUCUCUGUUUAUCCUCUGAUCAUUACCAGACAAAGACAGUCUCUGUGUCGUGACUAACUGGUAGCGCAUCUUCUGAUCAGACACCUACAAAUUGUGAAAGACAUAGACUGUUCUCUCUGUUACCGCACGGCAAUCGGUACCCGGAGAGCCAAGUUUGUGUCCAAAAGGCUCCUGAACAGCUUCUACCCCCAAGCCAUAAGAUUGCUUUUUUUUUGCACUGACUCUAUGCACACUCGCUGGACUCUACCCACACACACACACUUUCACACUCUUCACAUAUGCUGCUGCUACUCUGUUUAUAAUCUAUCCUGAUUGCCUAGUCACUUUUACCCCUACCUACAUGUACAUAUUACCUCAAUUACUGUACCUCAACUGCCUCGUACCCCUGCACAUUGACUCGGUACCGGUACUCCUUGUAUAUAGCCUCGUUAUUGUUCUUUUAUUUGUUACUAUUUCUUUUUUUAUUUAGCAAAUUGUUCUUACUUUUUAACUCUGCGUUGUUGGGAAAGGGCUCCUAAGUAAGCAUUUCACAGUAAAGUCUGCAGCUGUUGUAUUCGGCGCAGGUAACAAAUAACAUUUGAUUUGGUUUGAUUUACUACACAUAGGCCGUGGCGCGUGCACACACAAAUCAACAUGCAGGAGUCUUCAACUAAUGAAAUUCUUCAAUUUUAACCACUAGAAGACAGAUUCUUUUUGACGGGGGGCAAGAGAGCCAGACACACGGCUAUCAAACGUCACUUUGCAUCGGGCUGGUUGGUAUGGAUAGCAAUAGAGGCAGUUGUCUGGGCUAGAAGAACAGGGCAGAGCCAUCUUAAAGGGGGAAAAAACUAUAUUUAAUGUUACAUUGGUAGUCAUCAGAAAUAGUCCUGGUUAUAGUUUAUGUAACAAAGGCCUCCUUGUGAUAAACCCUAGAGUCUAAUAUUACCUUGUUUGCAGAGCAAACAAACAUAGAAUUAGGACAGAGAGUAAAAACACCUACCACAAAUGCUAGGGUUGUCUGUUGUUGUUGCCUGUAAUUUGUUUGAGUUUAAAGCCUAGUUUUGUGACUCUGAACGUGAUAGCACUGGUUAGUGUGCUGCUCUGUUCCUGAAUUACAGGGCAUUGGUAGACAGAUAGAAAUACAGGGCUGGGGUAGGGCGUGGAUUGGUGGGGAGGCUGACCUCACACAGCUCUGAUUACUAGGUCUGUGUCUGUUUCUCUGUGAAUUCUCUCAGGCUGCUACGGUAGGGGACCACAAUCAAAUGUAAUAUUUAAAAUCCAGGAUAUUUCUGAAAUCACACUGAGUAAUGACAUCCAUUUGAAAACAGGAGACAAGACAAGACCAACGAUCUACAAAGAGCUAUAUUUCUCUGUCUACAACAAGGGAGGAAUGCUUGGUGUAGCUAUGAAUAUACAGUGGGGUCUGAUUUAUUGACACCCUUGAUAAAGAUGAGCAAAAAUGAUUGUGCACUCUAACCCGAAUAAGUUAGCAGAACUCAAUAAAUUUGUGGCAACUGAUUGCUUAGGUUUUUUUGAGUUAUGAAACUUAAAAGUAUUGAUUGAUUGAUACGGUACUUAAUUUCUGUUAAUCAAUAUACAAUUUGUAUUACAGAUAACUUAAAGUAUUGAAUUAUUAACUUUAUUACUAUGAUCUAAAGUAACUUAAAAUAUGCAGUACCAGUCAAAAGUGAAGACACCUACUCAAUCCAGGGUUUUUCUUUAUUUGUAUUAUUAUUCACAUUUUAAAAUAAUAGUGAAGACAUCAAAACUAUGAAAUAACACAUAUAGAAUCAUGUAAAUAGUUGUGAUGGACUACUUUCUGGAGGACGAUCUUGCCAUGCUGACUCUCUCUGACUUGUAAAAUGAAUCAGACGAUGAGGAAAUCCCUGAUUUACAUUACCAGUCAACAGUUUUAGAAUACCUACUCAUUCAAGGGUUUUUCUUUAUUUCUUACUAUUUUCUACAUUGUAGAAUAAUAGUGAAGACAUCAAAACUAUGAAAUAUCACAUAUGGAAUCAUGUAGUAACCAAAAAAGUGUUCAACAAAUCAAAAUAUUUUAUAUUUGAGAUUCUUCAAAGUAGCCACCCUAUACAGAAGAUCCAGAAGAUAGCCCUAUUUGGUAAAAGACCAAAUCCAUAUUAUGGCAAGAGCAGCUCAAAUAAUCAAAGAGAAACGACAGUCCAUCAUUACUUUAAGACAUGAAGGUCAGUCAAUCCAGAUAAUGUCAAGAACUUUGAACGUUUCUUCAAGUGCAGUCUCAAAAACCAUCAAGCGCUAUGAUGAAACUGGCUUUCAUGAGGACCGCCACUGGAAAGGAAGACCCAGAGUUACCUUUGCUGCAGAGGAUAAGUUCAUUAGUUACCAGCCUCAGAAAUUGCAGCCCAAUAAGUGCUUCACAGAGUAUAGGUAACAGACACAUCUCAACAUCAACUGUUUGGAAGAGACUGAGGCCUUCAUGGUCGAAUUGCUUUACAGAAACCACUACUAAAGGACUCCAAUAAUAAGAGGAGACUUGCUUGGGCCAAGAAACACGAGCAAUGGACAUUAGACCGGUGGAAAUCUGUCCUUUGGUCUGGAGUCCAAAUUGGAGAUGUUUGGUUCCAACUGCUGUGUCUGUGAGACGCAGCGUAGGUCAACGAAUGAUCUCUGCAUGUGUAGUUCCCACUGAAGCAUGGAGGAGGUGGUGUGGGGUGCUUUGCUGGUGACACUGUCUGUGAUUUAUUUUGAAUUCAAGGCACACUUAACCACCAUGGCUACCACAGCAUUCUGCAGCAAAACGCCAUCCCAUCUGGUUUGGGCUUAGUGGGACAAUCAUUUGUUUUUCAACAGGACAAUGACCCAACACACCUCCAGGCUGUGUAAGGGCUAUUUGACCAAGAAGGAGAGUGAUGGAGUGCUGCAUCAGAUGACCUGGCCUCCACAAUCUCCCGACCUCUACCCAAUUUAGAUGGUUUUGGAUGUGUUGAACCGUAGAGUGAAGGAAAAGCAGCCAACAAGUGCUCAGCAUAUGUGGGAACUCCUUCAAGACUGUUGGAAAAGCAUUCCAGGUGAAGCUGGUUGAGAGAAUGCCAAGAGUGUGCAAAGCUGUCAUCAAGGCAAAGGGUGGCUAUUUUGAAGAAUCUCAAAUAUAAAAUAUAUUUUGAUUUGUUGAACACUUUUUUGGUUACUACAUGAUUCCAUAUGUGUUAUUUCAUAGUUUUGAUGUCUUCACUAUUACUCUACAAUGUAGAAAAUAGUAAAAAUAAAGAAAAACCCUGGAAUGAGUAGGUGUGUCCAAACCUUUGACUGGUACAGUAUAUCGAUUUAACUCAUUAUGUUUAAGUAAACGCAACACACCCCUAUCAAGUAGUUUUACUACAAACUUCAUGUUGCAUUUACUUAAUAUUGUUGUGUUAUUUUUACUUGCUAGCCAUUAACCUGUACUCAAUUAUUGUAAGUUGCGACAACUAAUGCGCAAAUUAAAAACUUAAAUUAAAAAAGGUAGUUGUACAUCUAAUCAAAAACAUUGUGGCAACUGAUUGUGUAUUGUUUAUUUUGGGGCACCAACUCAAACAAAAUAAUUUCAAUGUUAAUAGAACAAACAAACAAAAAAAAGGACAAAUAAAUGCUUUCAAACCAGGAAUAAUAUGGAUUUAUCGUUGCAGUAACAAUAACAGAGAUAGAUGGUUGGUAUUGAAUGGAGUUGAAGGAUGGGACUAAUAACAAAUAACAACAAAUAAUAACAAGAUAACUAAUAAUGUAAGCAUACUGUGUCCAAAAUAAGUAUAUAGGUUGUAUGUUGGGAGCUUUUGGGAAAGAGCACAGUUAGAAAGAUAUGGCAUAUAGAAGCAAACCGGAUGGACAUCAUGAAAAUGAUCGGAGAGGUUGAGAGUAGAAGUUCAGGAGCAAAAAAAAAAAAAUAUAUAUAUAUAUAAUUAUUGUAAAAUUGACUGUGUCCAUAAGGUGUAGAUAGUAAGUAUAGGCUGGAAGUAGAGGCCUGGGCAUUGUUGUUCACAAAUUUACCCCAAGUAGGGAAAGGAUGGCGGGGUUGAAAAGUAAUAAAGGGGAGUAUAUAUAUAAAAAACAUGGGGGAUUAGAAGUGAUGCAGACAAUUACAUUGAUAGAAGUUACAAUCUAUCUGCAAUAUUAAGCUGAUCUACCCAAAUAAGAAGAAAAUAAAAAAUAAAAAUAAAUAAAAAAUUAACACAUUUCCUGAAGAAAAGACUCCUGAUCAGAGUACAUUUAAAGAGAAUACAGUAAUAGGUUCACGUUAGAGAACAUAGUGCAAGGUUCACAAUUAAAGAGCACAGAUUGGGGUCAAUGUCUCACUGGAGGUCAGGUUUGGGUCAGUCAUUUUCAAUUCAGUUGAUUUGGUAAGUAAACUGAAAUUAUAAUAUUGUCCUCAUUGCCCUCGUUAAGGAAAAUAUUUGAAUUUCAGUUUACUUCCUGAAUUGACUGAAUUUAAAAUGGAAUUGACCCGACCCUGACCUCCACUGAGACAUUGCCCCAUAUGUAAGCCCCAAAAUCAACUUGUCAGUGCUAGGCCUAUUCAAGUGCUGCGUGUUACAAACAGUGGACAACAUGCUUAGAAAAAGUCAUCUCAAUGAAUUUGAGCAAGGAAAUAGUAAGCUAAGGAAAAUGGCAAAUCUAAGAAACACCAUGACCUACAAUUAUUAGCUUACAUACUGCAAAGGUUCAAAGAGAACACUUUACAGUAGCACUUCCAACAUGGUUGGGGUCAAUUCCGUUUCAAAUCAGCAAGUAAACAAAAAUGUCUAUAUCAAUUCCGAUUUUCCUCAUUGCCUCCUAUGAGAUGAAAUUAGAACUGGAAUUUCAGUUUACUUCCUGAAUUGAAAUGGAAUUGACCCCAACCCUGGUGGAGGUGCUACUGUAAUGAUGAUUAGGGGGUAAGCGCAAGUGUUUUUUGGGGUUCCUUUCCUAAACAAUAAAAAAUAUUCAACAAUGUCAACAAAUAAUUUUGAGGUCAGUUUGGGAUUAUAAAACAGCUUUUUAUUUGAAGUAAACUGAAAUUGAGACAGCUCAACAGGGACAAUACCUUCCAAAAGAUUAAAAACCUGUGAUGGGGUGGAAAUACUGCAGUGACGCAACAGUAUCACUUUGCACAGCAUUUUGUACUUUAAAGUCAUGGCUGGCUUUUGUUCUCAGGCUAAACUCUUUGCGGACGUGUGGUGACUUGGCUCAGUAUUUGGUUCUGAGAUAUUGCUUAGAAUAUCAGUGUUAUUAAACAGCCUUGAAUCUAAAGUAUUGGAACAUACACUGUUGUGUGUCCAGGUUGCUCUAAGUCUAAAACAUGCUGUACUGGCAUUACCGUACUGGCAUUAGUUUCUCAAAAGAUGUCAGCUUUAGCUGAUUAAACAUCUUAUUAAAAAAAAGCUAUAAAACCAAAACGCUAUGUAAAUAAAAAACAUAUAAUAAAUUUAAGUGUACAGGUGAAGACUUAGGAGUGUAUGUUUUCAUACAAAAAGUAAAGUCGCAACAAUAGAAUUCUAUGCAAAUUCCACCUGCAUGGUUCAGGGAAAGUCCAUGUAAAGCACUUGUGGUAGGUGGCCUGUAAGAUUUUCUGUUCCGACUUCAAACCAAAUACUCUGACAAUCUUCUGUAUUGAAUUCUAGCAGCUCAGCAUAACACUUCUUACAUAAUUCAACACAAUGUCAUCUAAAAAAAUAAGACUCCAACCUUAAGCCACAUGUAAUCAGCUUGUGAUCAAUGCCUACACAUGUAUCAUCAAAUCCUUCUUCAGAGCCUGUAGCCUUGGCUUCAUUUUCCCAUCUUCUAAACUUAGCAGGAUAUUCUGAAUGAACUCAAACGUGUUGGACAGUUAUUUUGGAUAACUGAGAUGUAGAGCAAAGAUCAGACCAAACAUUACCAUACGGCAGUCUGAGGAGGUCAAUCACCACAACUUCACUCUCCAGGACGUCAGAGAUCUUGACCGGAUUGUAGUGGACUGGAUUUUUCGAAGCGAAAAACAGGUUUAGACAUUUUUGCAAAUGUAUGAAAAAUUAAUAAAAUAAAAAUACCUUAUUUAAAUAAGUACAGUGCCUUGCCAAAGUAUUCAUUCCCCUUGCCGUUUUUAUUUUAUUUUGUUGCAUUACAACCUGUAAUUUAAAUAGAUUUUUAUUUGGAUGUAAUGGACGUAAACAAAAUAGUCCAAAUUGGUGAAGUGGAAUGAAAAAUAAAAACUUGAUUCAAAAAAUUAGAAAAAAUGAAUAACAGAAAAGUGGUGCGUGCAUAUGUAUUCACCCCCUUUGCUAUGAAGCCCCAAAAUAAGAUCUGGUGCAACCAAUUACCUUCAGAAGUCACAUAAUUAGUUAAAUAAAGUCCACCUGUGUGCAAUCUAAGUGUCACAUGAUCUCAGUACAUACAGUUGAAGUCGAUAGUUUACAUACACCUUAGCCAAAUACAUUUAAACUCAGUUUUUCACAAUUCCUGACAUUUAAUCCUAGUAAAAAUGCCCUGUCUUAUGUCAGUUAGGAUCACCACUUUAUUUUAAGAAUGUGAAAUGUCAGAAUAAUAGUAGAGAGAAUGAUUUAUUUCAGCUUGUAUUUCUUUCAUCACAUUCCCAGUGGGUCAGAAGUUUACACACACUCAAUUAGUAUUUGGUAGCAUUGCCUUUAAAUUGUUUAACUUGGGUCAAACAUUUCGGGUAGCCUUCCACAAGCUUCCCACAAUAAGUUGGGUGAAUUUUGGCACAUUCCUCCUGACAGAGCUGGUGUAACUGAGUCAGGUUUGUAGGCUUCCUUGCUCGCACACGCUUUUUCAGUUCUGCCCACAAAUGUUCUAUAGGAUUGAGGUCAGGGCUUUGUGAUGGCCACUCCAAUACCUUGACUUUGUUGUCUUUAAGCCAUUUUGCCACAACUUUGGAAGUAUGCUUGGGGUCAUCGUCCAUUUGGAAGACUCAUUUGCGACCAAGCUUUAACUUCCUGACUUAUGUCUUGAGAUGUUGCUUCAAUACAUCCACAUAAUUUUCCUUCCUCAUGAUGCCAUCUAUGUUGUGAAGUGCACCAGUCCCUCCUGCAGCAAAGCAGCCCCACAGCAUGAUGCUGCCACCCCCGUGCUUCACGGUUGGGAUGGUGUUCUUCGGCUUGCAAGCAUCCCCCUUUUUCCACCAAACAUAACGAUGGUCAUUAUGGCCAAACAGUUCUAUUUUAGUUUCAUCAGACCAGAGGUCAUUUCUCAAAGCAGUACGAUCUUUGUCCCCAUGUGCAGUUGCAAACCAUAGUCAGGCUUUUUUAUGGCCGUUUUGGAGCAGUGGCUUCUUCCUUGCUGAGUGGCCUUUCAGGUUUUGUCGAUAUAGGACUCGUUUUACUGUGGAUAGAUACUUUUGUACCCGUUUCCUCCAGCAUCUUCACAAGGUCAUUUGCUGUUGUUCUGGGAUUGAUUUUCACUUUUCGCACCAAAGUACGUUCAUCUCUAGGAGACAGAACGCGUCUCCUUCCUGAGCGGUAUGACGGCUGCGUGUACCCAUGGAGUUUAUACUUGCGUACUAUUGUUUUUACAGAUGAACGUGGUACCUGCAUUUGGAAAUUGCUCUCAAGGAUGAACCAGACUUGUGGAGGUCUACAAUUUGUUUUCUGAGGUCUUAGCUGAUUUAUUUUGAUUUUCCCAUGAUGUCAAGCAAAGAGGCACUGAGUUUGAAGGUAGGCCUUGAAAUACAUCCACAGGUACACCUCCAAUUGACUCAAAUUAUGUCAAUUAGCCUAUCAGAAGCUUCUAAAGCCAUGAAAUCAUUUUCUGGAAUUUUCCAAACUGUUUAAAAGGCACUUCUGACCCAGUGGAAUUGUGAUACAGUGAAUUAUAAGUGAAAUAAUCUGUCUGUAAACAAUUUUUGGAAAAAUGACUUGUGUCAUGCACAAAGUAGAUGUCCUAACCGACUUGCCAAAACUAGUUUGUUAAUAAGAAAUUUGUGGAGUGGUUGAAAAACGAGCUUUAAUGACUCCAACCUAAGUGUGUGUAAACUUCCGACUUCAACUGUCUAUAUAUAUCUGUUCUGAAAGGCCCCAGAGUCUGCAACACCACUAAGCAAGGGGCACCACCAAGCAAGCGGCACCAUGAAGACCAAUGAGCUCUCCAAACAGUUCAGGGACAAAGUUGUGGAGAAGUGUAUAAAACAAUAAGAAACUAUGAACAUCCCACGGAGCAACAUUACAUCCAUUAUUAAAAAUUUUAAAGAAUAUGGCACCACAACAAACCUGCCAAGAGAGGGCCGCCCACUAAAACUCACGGACCAGGCAAGGAGGCCAUUAAUCAGAGAGGCAACAAAGACACCAAAGAUAACCCUGAAGGAGCUGCAAAGCUCCACAGCGGAGAUUGGAGUCUUUCAAUAGGAAAGCUUUAAGACGUACACUCCACAGAGCUGGGCUUAAGGGAAGAGUGGCCAGAAAAAAGCCAUUGCUUAAAGAAAAAAAUAAGCAAACACGUUUGGUGUUCGCCAAAAGGCAUGUGGGACACUCCCCAAACAUAUGGAAGAAGGUACUCGUCAGAUGAGACUAAAAUUGAGCUUUUUAGCCAUCAAGGAAAACGCUAUGUCUGGCGCAAACCAAACACCUCUCAUCACCCCGAGAACACCAUCCCCACAGUGAAGCAUGGUGGUGGCAGCAUCAUGCUGUGGGGAUGUUUUUCAUUGGCAGGGACUGUGAAACUGGUCAGAAUUGAAGGAAUGAUGGAUGGCGCUAAAUACAGGGAACUUCGAGGGAAACCUGUUUCAAUCUUCCAGAUAUUUGGGACUGGGACGGAGGUUCACCUUCCAGCAGGACAAUGACCCUAAGCACACUGCUAAAGCAACACUCAAGUGGUUUAAGGGGAAAUUUAAAUGUCUUGGAAUGGCCUAGUCAAAGCCCAGCCCUCAAUCCAAUUGAGAAUCUGUGGUAUGACUUAAAGAUUGCUGUACACCAGCGGAACACAUCCAACUUGAAGGAGCUGGAGCAGUUUUGCCUCGAAGAAUGGGCAACAAUCCCAGUGGCUAGAUGUGCCAAGCUUAUAGAGACAUACCCCAAGAGACUUGCAGCUGUAAUUGUUGCAAAAGGUGGCUCUACAAAGUAUUGACUUUGGAGGGGUGAAUAGUUCUGCAUGCUCAAGUUCUGUUUUUCUGUCUUAUUUGUUGUUUGUUUCACUUAAAAAAUAUUUUGCAUCUUCAAAGUGGUAGGCAUGUUGUGUAAAUUAAAUGAUACAAACCCCCCAUGAAUCCAUUUUAAUUCCAGGUUGUAAGGCAACAAAAUAGGAAAAAUGCCAUUGGAUUUAGACCCUUUGCUAUGAGACUCGAAAUUGAGCUCAGGUGCAUCCUGUUUCCAUUGAUCAUCCUUGAGAUGUUUCUACAACUUGAUUGGAGCCCACCUGUGGUAAAUUCAAUUGAUUAGACAUGAUUUGGAAUAGCACACACCUGUCAAUGUAAGGUCCCACAGUUGACAGUGCAUGUCAGAGCAAAAACCAAGCCAUGAGGUCGAAAGGAAUUGUCCGUAGAGCUCAGAGACAGGAUUGUGUCGAGGCACAUAUCUGUGGAAGGGUACAAAAAAAUUCUGCAGCAUUGAAGGUCCCCAAGAACACAGAGGUCUCCAUCAUUCGUAAAUGGAAGAAGUUUGGAACCACCAAGACUCUUCUUAAAGCUGGUUGCCCGGCCAAACUGAGCAAUCGGGGGAGAAGGGCCUUGGUGAGGGAGGUGACCAAGAACUCGGUGGUCAGUCUGACAGAGCUCAAGAGUUCCUCUGUGGAGAUGGGAGAACCUUCCAGAAGGACAACUGUCUCUGCAGCGCUCCACCAAACAGUUGUUUAUGGUAGAGUGGCCAGACGGAAGCCACUCCUCAGUAAAAGGCAUAUGACAGCCUGCUUGGAGUUUGCCAAAAGGCACCUAAAGGACUCUCAGACCAUGCGAAACAAGAUUCUCUGGUCUGAUGAAACCAAGAUUGAACUCUUUGGCCUGAAUGCCAAGCAUCACGUCUGUGGGAAACCUGGCACCAUCCCUACGGUGAAGUAUGGUGGUGGCAUCAUCAUGCUCUGAGGAUGUUUUUCAGCGGCAGGGACUGGGAGACUAUUCAGGGUUGAGGCAAAGAUGAACGGACCAAAGUACAGAUAGAUCCUUGAUUAAAGCCUGCUCUAGAGCACUCAGGACCUCAGACUGGGACGAAGGUUCACCUUCCAACAGGACAACGACCCUAAGCACACAGCCAAGACAACGCAAGAGUGGCUUCGGGACAAGUAUCUGAAUGUUUUUGAGUGGCCCAGUCAGAGCCCGGACUUGAUUCCGAAAAUAUCUGGAGAGACCUAAAAAUAGCUGUGCAGUAACGCUCCCCAUCCAACCUGACAGAGCUUGAGAGGAUUUGCAGAAAAGAAUGGAAAAACUCCAAAUACAGGUGCGCCAUAUUGUAGCGUCAUACCCAAGAAGACUCGAGGCUGUAAUUGCUGCCAAAGGUGCUUCAACAAAGUAAAGGGCCAGACAUAGCGUUUUCCUUGAUGGCCAGAGUACCUUCUUCCAUAUGUUUGGGGAGUUUCGCACUUGGCUUUUGGCGAACAUGAAACGUGUUUGCUUAUUUUUUUUCUUUAUGCAAAUUUCAUUUUUUUUUUAUAACCCAACCCUGAUCUGUACUUCUCCACAACUUUGGCCUUUCAGAACAGGUGUAUAUAAACUGAGAUCAUGUGACACUUAGAUUGCACACAGGUGGACAUUAUUUAACUAAUUAUGUGACUUCUGAAGGUAAUUGGUUGCACCAGAUCUUAUUUAGGGGCUUCAAAGCAAAGGGGGUGAAUACACAUGCACGCACAACUUCUUCGUUGUUUAUUUAAAAAAAAAUUUAAACAAGUUAUUUUUUUCAUGUCACUUCACCAAUUUGGACUAUUUUGUGUAUGUCCAUUACAUGAAAUCCAAAUAAAAAUCCAUUUAAAUUACAGGUUGUAAUGCAACAAAAUAGGAAAAACGCCAAAGGGGAUGAAUAUAUUUGCAAGGCACUGUACUUAUUAUGGAUACAGUAUGCUUUACAAUAGUUAUCUUGUUGUUAUUAGUUGUGUUAGUCCCAUCCAUCAGCUCCAUUCAACACCUCCCUUCUAUUUGCCCUAUAUUUUUCAACUGUACUGUGAUGUUUCACAAAAGUUCUAAACCCUUCUAUUCUCAUUGUUUCUACAGAUUGUAAAUUGAAAAUAAACAUUUUUGUUAAAAGUAUUAUUAUAUCAUUGAUCGAUAUACUAUGACUUUUCAGAUCACCCAGUAGUGCUAUCUGCAGGGUUAGCUCCAGGUAAAUAUUGCCAUUCCUGGACCUGUGACCAAAAACAAGCUACAAAUGGACAGUACCAAAACAAAUGAUCUAAUGAUUCUGUCUCUUCGCAGCAAAAUCUGCAGUGCUGGGAAGAUUGUGUCCUCCAUAUAAAUAACAUUCUAUUGGUAGCAAGAAUUUAGUAUAAUAAUUUAAAUUGAAAAAUGCAACAUUUUGAAUCCGGCGUCGUUUUGCGUAUCAGUUCAUAAACACUAUGCCAUGGAAUCGGUUUGUCAGAAAUCUCUUCCCAACUAUUUUGCAAUCUAUAUGGGACGGCUUUCAAUCCUUUGGUCCUUAAAUGAAACUGGUAUACUUUUUUAUUUAUCCAAAUUUUCUUUAACCAAUUAUGUUCUUUAAUGCAGGGCCGACAGACAAGUUCCUUACUUUUCCCCCCUUCCACUUUCCUCUUCCAUUUUUGCGGUAAUACUCCAAUUAUUUGGUUGUAAUUUUGGGUAGAGCAGACAUUUCCAUAUGUUUUAGUUAGCUGCUUGUGCGACGUAACUCCACCAGUCCUACCUAUGAUAUCAUUUACGAAGAUUAUACCUUUUUAAAACAUGUUUUUUUAUGAAUUUCUAUAUUUGAGUUUAACCACAAUAUUUGUUGCAUUAUUUGUUCUGUCGUUUCUGGGGGAUUAAAUUGAAAUUGAAACCAACUUUCUAUGGCUUGUUUUAGAAAUAGUGAUAUUUGGUUGGUGGUUUCCUUUUCAAAUAACUGAAAGUGAGAGGUUGUAAUCUGAAUAAAGGGAAAAGGGCCAUUCUUGAACAUGGGGUGAGACAAUCUUACUAAUUUGCUAGAGAACCAUUUCGGAUUUAAGUAUAACUUUUGUAUGACUGAAGCUUUUAGUGAUAGGUCUAAUGCUUUAAUAUUUAAUCAUUUCUGUCCUCCGAAUUCAUUAUAUAAAUAGGCCCUUUAAUUUUGUCUGGCUUGCCGUUCCAAAUAAAAUUUAAUAUUUUUUUCUCAUAUAACUUAAAAAACGGUUUGCUAGGCGUAGGUAAGACAAUAAGCAAAUAGGUAAACUUGGAUAAUACUAAAGAGUUAAUCAGGGUGAUUUUUCCACAAAUAGACAGGUAUUUACCUUUCCAUGAUAGCAAGAUCUAAUCUAUUUUUGCUAACUUUCUAUAACAUUUAUUGGAGUGAGAUCAUUUAUUUCAUUUGAGAUAUGUAUUCCGAGUAUAUCCACAUCACCAUCAGACCAUUUUAUUGGUAAACUAAUCAUAUUUUUUAGUGAUACAAUAAGUAAUAUACAGUGGGGGGGGGAAAGUAUUUAGUCAGCCACCAAUUGUGCAAGUUCUCCCACUUAAAAAGAUGAGAGAGGCCUGUAAUUUUCAUCAUAGGUACACGUCAACUAUGACAGACAAAUUGAGAUUUUUUCUCUCCAGAAAAUCACAUUGUAGGAUUUUUAAUGAAUUUAUUUGCAAAUUAUGGUGGAAAAUAAGUAUUUGGUCACCUACAAACAAGCAAGAUUUCUGGCUCUCACAGACCUGUAACUUCUUCUUUAAGAGGUUCCUCUGUCCUCCACUCGUUACCUGUAUUAAUGGCACCUGUUUGAACUUGUUAUCAGUAUAAAAGACACCUGUCCACAACCUCAAACAGUCACACUCCAAACUCCACUAUGGCCAAGACCAAAGAGCUGUCAAAGGACACCAGAAACAACAUUGUAGACCUGCACCAGGCUGGGAAGACUGAAUCUGCAAUAGGUAAGCAGCUUGGUUUGAAGAAAUCAACCGUGGGAGCAAUUAUUAGGAAAUGGAAGACAUACAAGACCACUGAUAAUCUCCCUCGAUCUGGGGCUCCACGCAAGAUCUCACCCUGUGGGGUCAAAAUGAUCACAGGAACGGUGAACAAAAAUCCCAGAACCACACGGGGGGACCUAGUGAAUGACCUGCAGAGAGCUGGGACCAAAGUAACAAAGCCUACCAUCAGUAACACACUACGCCGCCAGGGACUCAAAUCUUUCAGUGCCAGACGUGUCCCCCUGCUUAAGCCAGUACAUGUCCAGGCCCGUCUGAAGUUUGCUAGAGUAUAUUUGGAUGAUCCAGAAGAGGAUUGGGAGAAUGUCAAAUGGUCAGAUGAAACCAAAAUAUUACUUUUUGGUAAAAACUCAACUCGUCGUGUUUGGAGGACAAAGAAUGCUGAGUUGCAUCCAAAGAACACCAUACCUACUGUGAAGCAUGGGGGUGGAAACAUCAUGCUUUGGGGCUGUUUCUCUGCAAAGGGACCAGGAUGACUGAUCCGUGUAAAGGAAAGAAUGAAUGGGGCCAUGUAUCGUGAGAUUUUGAGUGAAAACCUCCUUCCAUCAGCAAGGGCAUUGAAGAUGAAACGUGGCUGGGUCUUUCAGCAUGACAAUAAUCCCAAACACACCGCCCGGGCAACGAAGGAGUGGCUUCGUAAGAAGCAUUUCAAGGUCCUGGAGUGGCCUAGCCAGUCUCCAGAUCUCAACCCCAUAGAAAAUAUUUGGAGGGAGUUGAAAGUCCGUGUUGCCCAGCGACAGCCCCAAAACAUCACUGCUCUAGAGGAGAUCUGCAUGGAGGAAUGGGCCAAAAUACCAGCAACAGUGUGUGAAAACCUUGUGAAGACUUACAGAAAACGUUUGACCUGUGUCAUUGCCAACAAAGGGUAUAUAAAAAAGUAUUGAGAAACUUUUGUUAUUGACCAAAUACUUAUUUUCCACCAUAAUUUGCAAAUAAAUUCAUAAAAAAUCCUACAAUGUGAUUUUCUGGAUUUUUUUUUCUCAUUCUGUCAUAGUUGACGUGUACCUAUGAUGAAAAUUACAGGCCUCUCAUCUUUUUAAGUGGGAGAACUUGCACAAUUGGUGGCUUACUAAAUACUUUUUUCCCCCACUGUAUUACAUUUAUCAUAAUUUGGUUGUAAUCCAGAGAGGUUAGAAAAUUUAUCUAGAUCCUCUAUGAGGCUGUGGAGGCAUUCUAGUUGUGGAUUUAAAAGAAAACAUGAAUCAUCAGCGUACAAUGACACCUUUGUUUUUAAGCCCUGGAUUUCUAAUCCCUUGAUAUUUUUGUUGGAUCUGAUUUUAAUAGCUAACAUUUUGAUGGCCAUACUAAAUAGAUAUGCCGAUAGUGGACAACCUUGUUUUACUCCUCUUGACAGUUUAAAACUUUCGGAGAAAUAGCCAUGAUUUAUUAUUUUACACCUAGGGUUAGUAUACAUGAUUUUAACCCAUUUUAUAAGAGAUUCUCCAAAAUUGAAAUGCUCCAGGCAUUUAUAUAUAAACUCCAGUCGUACUUUAUCAAAUGCCUUUUCAAAGUCUGCUAUGAAAAGCAGGCCUGGUUUCCCAGUUUUUCAUAGUGUUCCAGUGUUUGAAGUACUUGCCUUAUAAUAUCUCCAAUGUAUCGUCUAUGUAAAAAACCUGUCUGAUUUGAAUGAAUAAUGUCCGACAAUAGACAGAAAGUGUUUGCAGAACCAGUGUAUUUAAUUUAUUUUACCCUGAUACAAAAAUAAAAUGUAUAUAUCAGGUCUUUUUUUUAAAGAGUGAAAUUUGACAAUACAUUGAAUACCUGAAUUUCCACCAAAAUCCCUGAUCUCCAUUCAUUAUUUGUCCAUGGCAGUAAAAUGUUUUAUGUGCUAUAAUUUAGUCAAUAAUGGAGGGAUUAUAAAAAUUCUAAAAGUUUGGAAUAUCUUCAUUUAUUUAAUCAAAUUGUUUUUAAAACCUUUUAACAAUUUUGAUGACCGUUUCUAGUGUGUGUGUGUGUGUGACAGAGAGAGAGAGAGAGGUUUAUUUGUGUGUGUGAGAGAGAGGAUGUGUGCGUGUGGUGUGUUCCUUUAUCUCCCCGUGAUCCUUCCGUAUUCCAAAAUCCUCUGCUUUCCGAGACUCUUGUUUUCCCAUGUAUGCGUAGCUGGAGUUUACGUGUUUUAAUUUGAAGUAUGUUCUCUGGUCUGCUUAAUGCUUCCUGAUCCUUGCUAAGACCAGUUAGCCGUAAGUAGAGCUUCUAGCAGCUCCCUAAUAAACCCUGUAAUAGUAAUGUUGUGGACAGACAGUUUCCAACAGGGACUCUCUCUUGGAAGUCAGAAUGAUGCUAAUCAGUUCUGGAAGGCUUUGAACUCAUCAUGGAACUCAGACAAACACACACACACAAAUCUGCACAAAUGCAUGGAUGCACUCCACACACAUUGACACAUUAACAAACUGAGUUAUUACUUCUAAACAGAAACACUUUUUUUGGGUUAUCAUAUGCUUACAAUGUUGUUUUGAGUAUUGCUUGAACGGUCGCUAAGAUUCAAUUUGGUUGUGAUCAGAUUUUGAAUGCAGCAGUUGUUAGCUAGAAUGCUAACGCUCAUUGGCAUAGACCAGGGUUUCCCAACCCUGUUCCUGGAGAGCUACCCUCCUGUAUGUUUUCGCUCCAACCCCAGGUGUUACUAACCUGAUUCAUCUUAUCAACCUGGUAAUUAUUAGAAUCAGGUGUGCUAGAUUAGGGUUGGAGCAAAGACCUACAGGACAGUAGCUCUCCAGGAACAGGGUUGGGCAGUCCUGGCAUAGACUGUAGCAAAGCUUGUCAAAGAGCAAUUUUAUUGGUUGAAGUGUAUUUUUUAAAUAUAGUGGAGUUGAUUUGCGACAAUGAAACAAACAUUAUACUAAGCAGGAGAUUCAUACGAGCCUUACAAUCCAAUUAUAAUCCAAAAGUAGUGUGAAAGGCACUCAUAAGCAACAUGUAAAAUAGGCUUUCUUUGCUGGCGGUCUAUGAGAACUCCUCCGUGUUUUCUCCCAAGGUGGGGAAAUUGUGAAUACCGACUUGGCGUAUGCUGGCUUGAGUGAGUGAGUGAGUGGGAGAGAGAGAGCAAGCUUAGUGUAUUAACUUUUUUUUCUGGAGAAGGCACAAUCAUGUGAUCAGGCCCAAUGAGGUUGCACAGGGAAAGAAGAAGGCUGGCCCAGGCCUGCCCAGCGUUAUCCAAUGAGGUUGCAGAGAGAGAGAGAGAACCAUAACGUGGUGCACAUAUCUGCAUAUACAGUGCAUUCGGAAACAAUUCAGACCCCUUCACUUUUUCCACAUUUUGUUACGUUACAGCCUUAUUCUAAAAUUGAUUCAAUAUAUAAUUUUUUUAUCUACACACAAUACCCCAUAAUGACAAAGCAAAAACUGGUUUUUAGAAAAUUGUGCAAAUAAAAAAUAUAUAAAAAACUUAAAUAUCACCUUUUCAUAAGUAUUCAGACCCUUUACUCAGUACUUUGUUGAAGCACCUUUGGCAGCAAUUACAGCCUAGAGUUUUCUUGUGUAUGAUGCUAUAAGCUUGAGGCGUUUCUCCCAUUCUUCUCUGCAGAUCCUGUCAAGCUCUGUCAGGUUGGAUGGGGACCGUUGCUGCACAGCUUUUUUCAGGUCUCUCUAGAGAUGUUAGAUUGGGUUCAAAUCCGGGCUCUGGCUGGGCCACUCAAGGACAUUCAGAGACUUGUUCCGAGCCACUCCUGCAUUGUGUUGGCUGUGUGCUUAGGGUCGUUGUCCUGUUGGAAGGUGAACCUUCGUCCCAGUCUGAGGUCCUGAGCACUCUGGAGCAGGUUUUCAUCAAGGAUCUCUCUGUACUUUGCUCUGUUCAUCUUUCCCUCGAUCCUGACUAGUCUCCCAGUCCCUGCCGCUUAAAAACAUCCCCACAGCAUGAUGCUAACACCACCAUGCUUCACCGUAGGGAGGUGCCAGGUUUCCUCCAGACGUGACGCUUGGCUUUCAGGCCAAAGAGUUCAAUCUUGGUUUCAUCAGACCAGAGAAUCUUGUUUCUCAUGGUGUGAGAGUCCUUUAGGUGCCUUUUGGCAAACUCCAAGCGGGCUGUCAUGUGCCUUUUACUGAGGAGUGGCUUCUGUCUGGCCACUCUACCUUAAAGGCCUGAUUGGUGGAGUGCUGCAGAGAUGUUUGUCCUUCUGGAAGGUUCUCCGAUCUCCACAGAGGAACUCUGAAGCUCUGUCAGAGUGACCAUCGGGUUCUUGGUCACCUCCCUGACCAAGGCCCUUCUCCCCCAAUUGCUCAGUUAGGCCGUGUGGCUUGCUCUAGGAAGAGUAUUGGUGGUUCCAAACUUCUUCCAUUUAAGAAUGAUGGAGGCCACUGUGUUCUUGGGGAACUUCAACGCUGAGAAAUGUUUUGGUACCCUUCCCCAGAUAUGUGCCUCGACACAAUCCAGUCUCCGAGCUCUAUGGACAAUUCCUUCGACCUCAUGCCUUGGUUUUUGCUCUGACAUGCACUGUAAACUGUGGGACCUUAUAUAGACAGGUGUGUGCCUUUCCAAAUCAUGUCCAAUCAAUUGAAUUUACCACAGGUGGAAUCCAAUCAAGUUGUAGAAACAUCUCAAGGAUGAUCAAUGGAAACAGGAUGCACCUGAGAUCAGUUCCGAGUCUCAUAGCAAAGGGUCUGAAUACUUGUGUAAAUAAGGUAUUUCUGUUUUUUAUUUUUUUUACAAAUUUGCAAACAUUUCUAAAAAACUGUUUUCACUUCGUCAUUUUGGGGUGUGGUGUGUAGAUUGACGAGGAUGUUUAUUUUAUUUAUUCAAUUUUAGAAUCAGGCUGUAACGUAACAAAAUGUGGAAAAUGUCAAAGGAUCUGAAAACAUUCCGAAUGCACUGUAAUGCAAUUUCUGGGGAGCACUUUUGGCUCGUGAGCGCUACUUUCACAACUAUCUGGUGUGCUGCUUCAAGUGUGAAGGAAAUCUCAAGCUUCUGCUCACCUGAUAUAGAAUGCCUCAUGGUAAGCUGCAGACCCUUUGAUCUACCAAGAGAGUUCUCAUCCGUAAUUAUCACUGCUGUCUAUAUUCCUCCACAGGCCUUGUGUUGUUAUUGUCAUUAGUUUUCGUCAGGAAAAAUAGGUCAUUGACAAGUAUUUUUUUCCAUCACAGUUAUUGUUGACGAAAUUAACACUGUUAUGAAGAAAGCUCAGAGAGAGGCACCAAAACUGAGAACAUAGUACUCAUUCUAUCUCUCUCUCUCUCUCUCUCUCUCUCUCUCUCUCUCUCUCUCUCUCUCUCUCUCUCUCUCUCUCUCUCUCUCUCUCUCUCUCUCUCUCUCUCUCUCUCUCUCCCCCUCUACCUCUCUUUGCUAUGUAUAUUUGCCGAAUUUACCAAAAAGGUAUUUUAGAAAUAAAAAAAUCUCUCCUCUUUCUCUCUCUCCCCCUCAGGCUUGCCAAGUUUCGUCAAGUCUCCCGAGGACCAAACAGGUAUAUCGGGUGGCGUAGCGUCAUUCGUGUGCCAGGCCACAGGAGAGCCCAAACCCAGGAUCACCUGGAUGAAGAAGGGCAAGAAAGUCAGCUCCCAACGCUUUGAGGUACACACACACACAGGGGUCAACCCCGAGUGUCUACUUAUGGAUCAUGCUGACAAGAUUCUACCAUCACGCUGUCUGUUGGUGUAGCUGCUCGAAAUCCCUCCUUCUCUCUUCAUUCUUCAUUCUUCCAUCCUCCUUCUCUCUCUCUGUCAGUCAGUUUCAUCUAUUGUUUUUUAGUCUUUAAUUUCAAGCGUCAUCCUCCUUUCUUCUCACAUCAUCUGUCAAUCCCUUGAUCCCCCCCAUCUCUCUCUCUUCAUUCUCUCUCUCUCUCUCUCUCUCUCUCUCUCUCUCUCUCUCUCUCUCUCUCUCUCUCUCUCUCUCUCUCUCUCUCUCUCUCUCUCUCUCUCUCUCUCUCUCUCUCUCUCUCUCUUCUAUCUAGCUCUCCUCUAGUUUAACCAUGUUGAACAGAGUAUGACUGUGUAAGUAUGAUAUGUGUGAUAUCACAGACUGGCUGAACCGUGGGGCAGCCAGGCAGUAGGGCUGUGGGCUUGGUUACAACAUCUAAGACCAGUCUGCUAUGCAAUAGGGCAGCCAGUGGGGAUGUAGGGGUUGAUAACGUCUAUCAUGACAGACCUUGACAACAGAGGGACAUCAUGGGAGAACAGUGAAAUGGGCUGAAACCAGAGGAAUUCCUGCUUUUCUGACAUAAUUCUCUAUUGAUGUAUAAUUACAAUUUACGUAUCCCUAGCCAAAAUCUAGAUGUUCCAUGUUGUCCUGAUCACAACCCUACUAAAAGACUGUCUCAUGUCUUCUGUGUGUGUGUGUUUGUCUGUGUGUGUGUAUCCCUACCAGGUGAUAGAGUUUGAUGAUGGUUCUGGGUCUUUACUGAGGAUCCAGCCCCUGAGGACACACAGAGACGAGGCCAUUUAUGAG